AUGGGCAAGUCCCGCAAGACGAUCGCGAUGGAUGCCCAGGCUCGCCAGGACUGGAAGGAGGACAAACAUGUCAGGCUGACCAACGCUAACAUCACCAAGGUAGCAUGCAAGGCCGAGUUCUUGUGUGCAUCGAAGAAGGUUCUCGAGAAGUUCAAGAAGUUCGAGGCCGCCAAGAAGAAGAUGGAGGAGGCCAAGAGCGAGUGGAUGGAGUCGAUCGGUGAUCGCAUCGAUGCCCACGCUGAGUGGGAGAACGCGUGCGAGCAGCACGCGAGCAUCAAAUCAGAGCGCAUGCCGCGCUGA